UCGGAGCUCCGACGAGAAUGGGUAUUGAUCUCGUCGCCGGUGGCCAUAGCAAGAGGGUCAAGCGCACAGUUCCCAGGUCUGACAAUGUUUAUCUCAAGCUUCUCUUUAAGCUUUAUCGGUUUCUUGUGCAGAGGACGGGGAGCAAGUUCAAUGCUGUGGUGUUGAAGAGGCUUUUCAUGAGCAAGACCAAUCGGCCGCCGAUCUCGCUUCAUAGAUUGAUUAAGUUCAUGGAUGGGAAGGAGGUGAACUAAUCAUCUGGAAGUUACACACAUCUGAUGAUGGUUAUACAUGGAAAGUACUCAAGACAUUAUCGUAUAUACAGAAUCUCCUCAUACUUCUCACGCUCCUGCCAGGUCUGGAGAGUCUGCUUCCCAUGCCCCUCACACUUCAGAGGAUGUUCAACAGCCUCAACCUGUCGAUCAUAUUGCAACAAAAUGAAUGUGGUGUAUUGGAUUACAUUAGAUACUUGGACUAUUAAAUUUUGUACUUGUUUGUUGUAUUAGAUGUUUAAACUAUUAUAUUUUGUAUUGCAUUGUUAUUCUAGAUAUUUAUCGAUUGGAAUGUUUAUUUUGAA